CCGCGCUGGCUCGAGAGAUUGAAGAGCUUAUCCAGAUGUCCCGUGCACUCUCUUACAGUGCCAUCUGUAACUCGAUUCGCAUGGCCAUGACGAUCGCCGCUACCUUCAAAUUGAAGACCCAGCCGGGCAGCACGCUCACCAAACGCAGCGCGGCAAAGGACCGUGUGUUCGAGACGUUGGGUGACCUCGCAGAGCAUGUGCGCGGCGCUCCAUCCUGGUUUGCCCGCAGACGCUUGGCGACGAUUCGCGUUUCCGAACUUCCCGCUGAAGCAGAGCCAGAAUUCGUUCGACGUCUGGGCCUCUUGGGCGACGCGUCCAGGGCUUCGGAGGCGGAGCACGUCGCGAACGUGCAGCAAGCGGACGCGUACAGGAUCCAGAUGAAUUCGAGAGCAGCGGGCAUUGCAAAUGGCGCUGAAGCUGCGAACGCAGUGGCCGCGCUGUCUGCCAUUCGCGGCAAGGGGGGGAGUACCGAACGACAGCGUCUCUUCGCCGACCGGUUGACUGAGGUGCUGUUCACAGGACAGCGAGCAUUUGCCAACGCCGAUCGUUCGCUGCGGACGUCGACGGCUGUGGUCGACGACGAUGUUGAGGAAGAUCCUCACUAGUUGAUGCCUUUUGAAUGCUCGCUUGCUACUCAUGUAGUAGGGUGAACCUCGUGCGGAGCCAACGUUGCUCCCGGGGCAACCUCCCUGUGCAUCCGUUUAAAGGGGAGAGUCACGGUGUUCUGCGAUAGCCUCAGCGACAUGUAACUCCCUGCUAUUUUGCUCUGGUGUUUCCCGAGAGAGGGGGGAAUUGAUGCAAGCGCAAGCGAGCGCUGAUCGCGGGCCGUGCGUCCUGGACUCUGCCAGACGGAGCUGUUGGAGAAAGUGAA